UCUUUCUGUUAUGAAAAAUUUGGGGGAUAUUGCAUCUAAUUUCUGAGAGAUUUUUACUUUGCUAAUUUCCGGUGAGAUCAAGAGGUUAAUCACCCACUGAGAAAGCUUUUGCAUUUUUCUGCUACAGUGUUAGUUUCAGCUCCAUAACUGUUGAAAGCAUUCAAGGGCAAAAUUGUUCUGCUAUUUUUUUUGGUAAUUUUAGACUUUAAAAUGGAGGAGAAAGGUGGAAUGAGUCCAAGUGGGGUCAUCACAGUUAAGGGAGAUGAAACUUUGGCACCAAGAACAGAGUUUCAACAAAACCCUAGCUUUCUUCCAUCCGUGGGACCCACGAUGGUGGUAUCUCCUCUCCCUCCGGCUCCAGCCACUGUGACUCCUGGCUCAGCCGCUGCAGCGCCUCCGCCAUCAAUCUCUAGCGCAGGGACAGAUCUGACAAAGAAGAAGAGAGGGAGGCCGAGAAAAUACGCUCCAGAUGGUAGUCUGAACCCUAGGGCCUCGAGACCAACUCUGUCUCCGACUCCAAUCUCAUCUUCCAUUCCAUUCUCUGGAGAUUAUCAUCAUCAUUCUCACUGGAAACGAGGAAAGGCUCAUCAGCAACCUGUUGAAUUCAUCAAGAGAUCUAACAAGUUUGAGUAUGAAAUCAGCCCAGCUCCUCCUCCUGCUGGGCUAUCAUGCUAUAUGGGUGCAAAUUUUACAACACAUCAGUUUACUGUCAAUGCUGGCGAGGAUGUAACGAUGAAUGUUAUGCCGUAUUCACAAGGCUCUCGAGCUAUAUGCAUUCUUUCUGCUACUGGUACCAUCUCUAAUGUCACACUUCGUCAACCCACCACUUCAGGAGGCACUCUUACAUAUGAGGGUCGAUUUGAGAUACUUUCUUUAUCGGGUUCCUUUAUGCCUACCGAUAACGGUGGAACCAAAGGCCGGUCCGGGGGUAUGAGCAUUUCUUUAGCCGGACCAAACGGUAAAAUCGUCGGCGGUGGCCUUGCUGGUAUGCUCAUAGCGGCCGGUCCUGUCCAGGUGAUAAUGGGAAGUUUCAUUGUGAUGCAUCAAGCAGAACAAACUCAGAAGAAGAAACCUAGAAUCAUGGAGGCUUCUCCUCCUCCACCACAACCACAACAACAACCUCCUACUUUCACUAUCACCACUGUGAAUUCCACUUCUCCUGCGGUGGCCACCGUAGAGGAGCCAAAACAACAAACCUACGGUGGUGGUGGUACAAUGAGACCGUUGUCUCAAAUGCCUUCUUCUUUCCACAACGAUAGUAUCACAACGACCUAUCAUGGAUAUGGGAAUAUGAACGCUGGUGCUACUAAUAAAGAAGAAGAUGACUAUGAAAAUGGUGGGGAUGAUGAUUCCGGCGAUACUAGGAGCCUAUCUAAUAGUGGUUGAGCAAUCCUAGGACUUUCUUUUGUAGGAAGUAAGAUACCUUUAAGGUCAAAAGUGUUUCAGCUAUUCUUUUCUUUGCUUUUAGGGUUGUUUCAGGUGUGAGGCUUUUUCAAAAAAAUUCUUCUUACUGUGUGUUUUUCUAGGGUAUUUGUUUUUGUGAUCGGUUUAGCUUAAUUAUGUUGAAAUCGUCGAUUAAACGA